AGUUGAUGGGAGAAACAAAAUAGUUUUGGAGACAAAAGUUGCUCUUGCGCGCUAGCUCUUAAGUUACGUAUCUACUAUGUAGUAAGAAUAGUUUUAAAUUUGGGCAUUGUCAACAACGUUAUCAAAGAAACUUUGAAUAAGUUAGAUAAUUAUAUUCCGUUAAUUUCGCACUAGAAAAAGAAAACGACGAAAAAGACACAUGUGUAUAAAUAAAUUGAAUGCAUGUCAAAACAUAAAAUGAAAAGUGGUUAAUUGUUUUCGAGUUGUGGUGACAGUAUGUCGUAUUUAGUGUUGGACGGAAAUCGGAAAACUUCGUGGGAUUUCGGAGAGGCGCUUGAUUUGACUGGUAAUGGCCGCUACAACUAUCUAGCGCUCUUCGCGUGUUCCAUAAUAUGCAUAGCUGUGUCACUGGAUAUAUUUGGCUUCUCCGUGGUGGUGGAUGCUGCAGCCUGUGACCUGGAGCUGACGAUACAGCAGGUCGGACUGCUGGUCAGUUCUCCAUUGGUGGGUAUUCUCUUCGCAUAUCCAUGGGGCUAUUUAGCAGACACCCGCGGAAGAAGACUAGCCAUUCUCAUAUCUACCUCAGUGGGAUUUGUUUUUAGUUUCUUGAGCAGUUUUGCAAUAAACUGGCAAAUGAUGUUAGCUGCUAAAGUUAUCGGUAGCAGUUUCUCUCUAGCAUCGCUAACAUUAGUAAUGACUUACCUUGGUGAAAGUGUAACAACUAAACACAGAAAUGAAUAUCUAUUCCUCAUGAAUAGCGUUAAUUUAGCAGCUGAAAUGUUUUCUUUUGGUUUAGCCCUUCUCCUGCUGCCUAUAUCAAUUUCAAUACCUCUCCCCUGGUUAUCCAUAACAUUUGUAUCUUGGAGACUCUAUACCCUCGUAAUGUCCUUACCUCUGGGCAUUGGUGCCUUGCUAAUGUUGUGCCUUGAAGAAAGCCCCAAGUUUUUGUUUAGUAAUGGGCAGGAAGACAAGGCUUUAAAUGUGUUGAAGAAGAUUUAUAGGACGAAUUGUGGGAAGAGAGAAUAUCCAGUGAAAGCUCUUAAAAAGGGUAGUGAUAUUAAGAAAAGUAUCUCAUUCUGUGGCUCGUUAGCUAGACAAACGGUGCCAGUGUUCACACCACCAUUGUUGUGGAGGACUUUACAGUUAUUCUAUUUGGUUAUUUUGGUUAUUGCUAUUAACAACAUAUGCUUGAUGUGGUUCCCAAUGAUGUUGGAUCUAGUGUUCAACUCGGUCACAGUUUCUGGAACCUUCUGUGAAAGUCUGGUCAAAAACGUUACGAUAUCAAGGCCCUUACAGAAUAUAUGCCAAGAGCCCGUAGCAAUGAAGACCCUUACAGCGGGUCUCCUAACCAGUCUGUUCUUCGGUCUGCUAAACUUGUCUGUCACUAAACUAGCGGUCUGGCGCCGCUCGGUGUUGAUGUCUGCGUAUCUGAUGUCUGCUAUUAGUUGUGUCAUGGUAUCAAUAUUAAGGCAGCCCAUAGCAAGCGUUGUAUUCUUCGCGUCCAUACAAACUGUUGGUCUUGGUAUCGGUUGUAUGGCGUCUUAUUUUAAUGACAUGUAUCCUACGUCUUGCAGAAGUCUAGCAACAAGCCUAGGUUUCAUGAUGGCGCGGAUUCUGGCGCUCGUCGGAGUUAUCGUCAUAGGUGAUGUUGUGGUCGAUCACUGUAAUCUUAUAUUUUAUACAGCCGCUGCCGCGUUUGUAUCUGGCAUAGCUGUCGCAGUGUUUCUGCCACCAGAUAAACGACUUAAUACAUAA